AUGAAAUUCGUGUUGCUGGCAAUUUUCUUGUUGCUUGUAUUGGCUGGAGAAGAUUAUUAUCAAUUGCUAGGAUUAAAGAAGGGUGCAAGUGAAGCUGAAAUCAAGAAGGCCUUCAAGAAAUAGUCUCUGAAAUAUCACCCAGACAAAAACAAGGGAAAUGAGGAGAAGAAAUAAUUCUAAAAAAUAGUGAAUGCCUAUGAAACAUUAAAAGACCCAGAGAAAAGAAAGAUUUACGAUUAAUAUGGUGAAGAGGGUGUCAAUAAGCAUGAACAAUAAUAAUAAUAAGGUGGUGGAGGAACAUAUCAAAAUUUUGGAGGUGGUUUCGAAGAAAUGUUCUCAUAAUUCUUUAGAGGAGGCAGUGGCGGUGGUGGUGGUGGUCGCCAGCAAUUUCAUUUUAAUUUUGGAAAUCAAGGUGGUGGAGGAUUUGGUAAUUAAGGUGGUGGAUUUGGCAAUCAAGACUUCUAUGAGGAAGAAGGUCAGAGAAAAAAAGAAAAUCUGUUUGAAAAUACAGAUGUUUAUACACUUGAUAUGAGUAAUCUCUCUCGAUUUUACAGAAGAGAAGAAGUUUGGCUAAUAUAUUUCUAUUUACCAAAUGGUGAAGGAUAGAAACAUAAGAAACUUAUAAUUGAAUUGGCUGAAAAAUACGCAGGUAUUUUUAGAGUCGCUGCUAUUGAUUGUGAAGAUGAUGAGGCAUUGUGUGAAGAUGAGUUCUCAGUCAAACGAUAUCCCUCUGUUUCCAUUUAUGCAUCUCGUCUCUCUGCAGAACCAAUUAAGUAUAAGGGAAAGUGGGAAUUAAAUGAAUUAGCAAAGGAGGCUGUUGAUUUGAUGGAAGAUUUUGUUAUUGUUUUAAGUGGUUUCAAUUUCCAAGAGUAUAUUGAAAAAUCAAAACCUAAAGUUAUUCUAUUUACCAAUAAAAAAUCAACACCUCCUUUGUUUAAGGCCCUUUCAAAAGAAUUCAAAGGCAAAUUGGAAUUUGCUAUGAUUAGACAAUCUGAAAGACAAUUGUCAUAGAUAUUCAAGAUAACAGAGUAUCCGAGUUUGAUAGUUGCUUAAAAUGAUCAAGAUUUCAAAUUGUUUGAAUCGGAAUUCAAAAAAGAUUAGAUUGUUAAGUUUCUGAGAUAAUUUGCAUAUGGAUAGAAGAAGGAACCAUAAUAGAAAGUAAUUUAACAGUUGACUGGUUAAAAUUAUGAAUAAUGUAUAUCGAAAGGGAAGGACUUAUGUUUCCUAUUGUUAAUAUAAAAUGAAUUAGAUUUAGAGAUGAUAUCUAAAAUACCAAGUAAAUAUUAAAAUGAAAAUAUUUCAUUCUAUUAUGGAUCUCUUAAGUAAUUGGCAUCCAAAUUUGAACCAAAUUAGACCUCUUCAUAUGCUGUGAUUAUCAAACCAAAGCGAUAAACUUAUGCUGUUUAAAAUUCAAUAGAAACAAAUGAUAUCAUAACAUUUAUUGAUGAUGUACUUGGCGGAGGUAGAACUUUCAACAAAAUGCAUUCCACUAUUAGAAGAGAAGAGUUGUGA